AUGGCCAAUUUAAGCUUCAAUACCGAGUUCCUCGAGGCGACAAAGGCCUCAGCCGGAAUGAGUCUGCCUGUCAUGGACGAUCCGAAAGCACAUCGUGAAAUGCAUGAUACUUUCAUUUUGGAGAAGGUGAAAGCGAUUCCGCACAUACCGACAAUCAAAGAAAGAAAACAUGAGAUCGUAUCUAUUGAUGGUACCAAGAUAGCAGUCCACCGCUUUGAGCCAUCAAUCGUCCAUGAGCCGCUGGGGUUACAGCCGGCCGCUGUGUACGUGCAUGGAGGCGGACUCAUUGCUGGCUCCAUUGCAACUUGCAGGCACACAAUCGAGAAAAUAGUUCAAGCUUCCGGUAUUCAGAUAUUCGCUGUAGAAUACCGCCUUGCACCGGAACAUCCUUUCCCUGCCGCAGUGGAGGAUGUGUCGGCCACGAUACAAUGGCUUCAGUCGAAUGCUACGAGUCUACAUGUUGACCCGGCAAGGAUAGGUCUCUUUGGCUCGAGCGCUGGUGGUGGGAUUGCAGCAGGAGCAGCACUUCUCGCACGGGACAAACCAUUCGACUACCCAAUCGCUAGACUCAUUCUGCAGUACCCCAUGCUUGAUGACCGUACUACUUUUGGGGACGACCACGCGCUUACACAAUUCGUGAACUGGAACGUUCGACUCAACGAUAUGGGCUGGAGGGCGUAUCUUGGGGGAAGAGAUCGAAACCAGAGAGACGACAAAAUCCCAAUUUAUGCGGCUCCUGGAAGAGCCCAGAGUCUGGAGGGGUUGCCACCAACAUAUGUCGAAGUUGGUGGGCUUGAUCUUUUUAGAGACGAAACGAUAGCAUUUGUUGCCAAGCUUGCUCGUGCGAACAUUGAUGUUGAGUUUCACUUAUACCCAGGGGUAACUCAUGGUUUUGAAAGCAUAGCUCCAGAUAUCAGGUUGUCGAAGGAAUCCGAUGGUAACCGUGAGAGGAUACUUAAAAGUUUGUAA